CAGAUUCAAAUGAGUUACGACGAUUUUGAUAACUCGUUGAACGUCCGCGUCAUCAGAGCUAAAAAUAUCCAGCCAGUCAGAAAGAGCAACGUUGUAGACGCGUUUGUCAAAAUUAGUCUCCUGCCUAUAACAAAUUAUUUAAUUUUUCUUGCUAUUCUUAGUCCGCAAGAUUGUAGGAAAACUAAACCUGUAGAAAAAACAUUAAACCCGGAAUGGGAUCGUUUAUUUGUGUUUCUGGGAGUUGACAGAAUGCAGCUUAUGGAACGGGCUGUUGAAGUUUCCCUCUGGGAUCACGAUAAAUUUUUGCCAAAUACAUUCAUUGGCGAAGUGGUUAUUGACUUCAAUGGUAAAUUCAUCCUCUGUUGA